AAAACAGAGUAACGUCUUCUUCUUCUUCAUCACCAGCUACGGCCGUAAAACCAUCAAUGGCGACGGAGUCGCCGAGCUCUGUUCGGAAAGUUGUUGUUCAUCUGAGAGCUACAGGAGGUGCUCCUAUACUCAAACAGUCUAAGUUCAAGAACUUUGGAUUUGACGGUAAAUUGGUGGUAAACUAUGCUUGUUCCAUGGCAUGGGGAUAAAACCAAAUACUAGAUAAUUCUCAAGCUGUGGUCACACACUAGAUGCUUGCUUUGUUGGAAAAGAAGAAGACUUUUCAGAUGAAAGUUGCUGUAUGUACAUAAUCUAUAGCACUGUAAUUGAUACUUUUUACCCUAAAUACAUGUACAUAAAGACCAUAUCAUAGUAUAAGUAACUUCUUCCAUACAUAUGAAGAUGUUGUAUAAUGUGACAAAUGACAAAGUUUGUUUGAAUAUAACAAAUGAUUGAACA